AUGAGCCUGCGGUGCCUGGGCCGCGCCCUGAAAUAUGUCAAAUCCGUGGAAUGGGCGGUGACCUCGACCGGUGGCGCCGCCAUCGCCGCGCUGCAGGUCGUCCACCACAAACACUGUCCCGAUCCCAACUGCGAGAACGAGGGCCACUGCCACAUCCGCGUGCGGCGCGUCGACGGCACCUCGGGCGCCGAGUGGGUGCGCGCGAACGGGACGUUGGACCAGUGCCGCGAGAGCAUCGGGCGCUGCUUCAAGGGCGUUCCGAUCGACGUCUUCGACGAGAUCUUCGAGGCCGACGAGCGCGGCCUCUCGCGGGAGUGUUUGGAUUUGGUCGAGGCCGCGGCGGCGGCGCGGCACGGGGCGGUGGUGGGCGAGUGCGCCAUCUGCAUGGAAGAUUUGGACGGCAUGCAGGUCGUCGGCGGUUUCGCGAAGCUCCGCGUCUCGGUGCUACCCUGCGGCCACGCUUUCCACCUCUCCUGCUACAAGCAGUGGGCCCGGAAGCACACGACGUGCCCAGCAUCCUCGUCGUCGUCAUCCAUUGCAAUGGCCGGCAUCCUCGUCGUCGGCCUCGGGCCCUGCGGCCUCGCGGCCGUCAAGGAGUGCGCGGCGAACGGCCUCGACGUCGUCGGCGUCGACGCCGCCGCGGAGAUCGGCGGCGUGUUCCGCGCGCACGACGACGGCUGCUACGAGGGCCUGCACCUCACGACCUCGAACGUCAUGAUGGCCUUCGGCGACUUUCCCCCGAACGACGGCUGGAUCAAGUACAGCACGAAGGACGAGUACGCCGCCUACCUGAAGCGCUACGUGGACACGUUCGACCUCGCGAAGCGCCUCGAACUGCGGACGAGAGUGAUACGCGCGUCGCGGGACAACGGCGCCUGGAAGGUCGUGACGCUCUACAAUAACUUCGACGUCACGCGCGACUUCGCGGGCCUCGUCGUCGCCACGGGCGCGAACGCGACGCCGAAAAUGCCGACCUGCUUCGCGGGCUUCCAGGGAAACAUCACCCACUCCAAGGACUACAAGGAGCGGUCGCGCUUCGCCGGCGCGCGCGUGCUCGUCGUCGGCGCGGGCGAGUCCGCGUCGGACGUCGCCGCGGAGAUCGCCCGGGUCGCCGAAGCGACGACAAUUUGGAGCCGGCGGCCCGUCGUCUUCGCGCCGCGGUUUCCGGAGCUCAACCUCACGGACCCGAAUCACGACGAGUACGCGACGCUCCUCGAUUCGAAGGCGCUCCGCGUCAACGACUUCCUCGAGUGGGCGACGACGGCGCGCGUCGGGUCCUUCUGGCCCGUCUGGGCCUACGGCGGCGCGCGCCAGCUCUUUUGGCGGCUCCUGCGCUCCGACGGACGCGCGCCGGCCCAGGCGCGCGAGAUGGCCCGGGGCGCGCUCCUGGCGACGAACGGGCACGGGGUGCGCGCCUUCUGGCAGGCGGACCAGUCCCAGUGGGUGACGAAGAACGCGCGCGUCUGCAAGGCCAUCGCGGAGGGAUCGGUGCGCCACGUCGUCGCCGAAUCGGUGGCAUCGUGCUCGGGCUCCGAGGUCACGUUCUCCACGGGCGAGCGCGUCGCCGCGGACGCCAUCGUCUGCUGCACGGGCUACGGCCUCGACUUCUCCUGGAUCGCCGCGGACCUCGGCUGCGACGCCGCGCGGCCCCGCGAGCUCUACAAGCACUGCUUCCCGCCGAAUUUCAAGGACGCGCCCGUCGCGUUCCUGGGCCUCGCGCGGGGCCACCAGGGCGGCAUCCCCCAGUGCGGCGAGCUCCAGGCGCGCUACGCGGCGCUGCUCUUCGCCGGGAAGGCCGCGCUGCCGGAGGAUUUUCGCGCGCGCGCGGCGGCCGAGGGCGCCGCGGAGCGCGAGUACUACGGCCGGUCGCCGAACCUGGAGGUGCUCGUGGAUUUACCGUCCUACAUGGAGAGCGUGGCGCGCCUCAUCGGCUGCGAGCCGCGCGUGCCCUGGUGGCGGCCCGCGCUCUGCGUCAAGUUCCUCUUCUACCCCGCGUGGCCCUGCUGGUACCGGCUCCGCGGCCCGGGCGCGGACGAAGCGGCGGCCAUGGCCGUCCUCGACGCGUUCCCGCUGGCCAAGUCCCUCAAGUUCACGCCGUUCCUGCCGCUCUUCCCCGUCUUCUGGGGCUUCCAGCGCGGCGUCAACGUCGCCGCGUUCCCCUUCGUCCGCGGGACCCCGGGGCCGCUCCGGCCCGGCUGGCUCGGCGCGACGUCGAAGCACUUCGUCCUCCACGGUAACGCGCUGCGCUUCGUGGACCUCGUGAUGCCCUAA